AUGACUCCUACUGGAAAAAAUUCUCUUAGCAGACGAAAAGGAGAUCAUACUUUGCAAGAAUGCAACCAUAAGCUCCAUGGCGUUUAUAUUCACUACAAACCUUCAAAAGCAACAGAAGCAAAAGUAACUGUUCAGAAAAUUGAUAAUUUUUUGACAAGAGAAUUAAUAGUUCCCGAUAGAGCUCCUAUUGAAACACCAGCGAUUUUAACAACGAAUGAAUUUAAGAGACUUGAAAAACAGGCGAAGGUAAUGACACUUAAUGAAAAAAUGCAAAUGAUUCAAGAUGCAGAAAAACAAAGAAACCAAAUUCAGCAAGAAAGCUUAGCUAGAAAAGACUGGUUGAUGAAAACCCAAAAGACCCAAAAAGCUUUGCCUGGGACCAAACUUGAAGCGGUCGAAUCAGAAGCUACACAAAAGAAUUUAUAUUUAGUUAAAAGAUCAGAGGAGUUAAUGAUAGAACAAGACGACAAAGUAAAGCAAGCUAAUAAAAUAAUUCUAGCAACUAAAUGUCGAGCUAUAAGAAAUGCACAAAUCGCUGAAAAAAAGUUAAUUGAAAAACAAUUACAAGAAGAAAACGAACGAUUGGAAAAAAUAAUGGAGCAAACCAGGCAAAGAGCUGUAAAAGCAGAAGAAAAACGUAAAGAAAAGGCAGAGAUUAACAAAGAGAGGUAUAUACAUGAAGUCGAAGAGCAAGUAAGGGAAAAUGAAAUGAAUCAAUUGAUACAAGCUGAAAAAAUCGAAGAAGAAAGUCGUAUGAUUAAUAAAGCGCUGAUAGCUUGGCAGAAGGAAGAAGAAAAAAAGAUGCUAGAAAAGCAUGAGAUUCAGCUUCAAAUUCGGGAAGAUUUUAGGCGAGCGAACGAACAAUCUGAAUAUUAUAAAGCUCUUCGAGAAGAGGAAGAUAGAAUAUCCGAUAUGAGAAUUUCUGACUUUAUGAGGAAAAAACAGCAACGAGAAGAAGCCAUCGAGAAGAAAAAGGCUCUUGAUAAAGCAACCAAAGAAAGAGAAAUAGCAAGAAUGGCGGAAAAUCAAGCUAAAAGUCAAGAUAUUAAAGCUUUAAUGGAUGAAUUGAAUGCUCUUAGAGCCCAAGAAGAAAAAGAAAAGGAAUGGCGAGAAAAAGAAAAAAUUGAAGCUACGAUAAAGCAAAAAACCAUCGAUGACCUAAAGCAUUCAAGAGCGAAGCAAAUUGAAGAUAUUAGAAAAGCUCAAGCUGUUGCACUGGCUAGAGAUGAGGAAGCAUUUAUGAAGGUAGUGACAAGACAAAAACUGUUGCACGAACAAGAUGUAGAAAAACAACGUAAACGAAAAGAAGAAACUGAAAAACACAGAAAAUAUUUAUUGAGACAGAUCAACAGUAAAGAAAAAGAAAGAAUUCAAUAUCAGCAAGAAAAGUUUGAAGAUGGUAAAGCUCAAAGGCAAGAAUAUAUUGUGAAGGAUAGACAAAUAAAGGAAUAUCUAGAUAAAAAAAUUCAGAAUCUAAGGGGCAUAAACAUUCCGGAAAAUUACAUCAGAGAUAUAGAAAGACAAAUGAGAUUUAUUAAGAACUAG